AUACUGCCUUACCUGAGCACAGGGCACGUUUCCACAUGUUCACCCGGCAAGAAGGUGUUUUGCCUGACUUGCUUAGCUGUCUGUUUUGAUAUUGGUUGUAUGUUGCUCCCCAGAGGAAUUCAGAGCGAGGAUUACUGGCUUUCAGACAACUAGGAAAGAAAGAUAAAGGGACGUCCAAUGGGGGUACCUUUAUUUGGUGAUAGCAAACCCUUCUAUUUCCGGAUCUGGAACGGACUAAGUCAGAAGUUGCAAGGCAAAAAGUCCUGGGAUAAACAUCUGGAUGAAAUCUACUUACUCCAGCAGAAAAGGAUCUGUGAGUCCCCACUCCUUCAAGCUGCCAAGGAGAACAACAUCCCAGCCAUAACGAAACUUCUCGCUGAUGGAACAUGUGAUAUUUAUCAGAGAGGUGCAGUGGGGGAGACUGCCCUUCAUGUAGCUGCCUUGUAUGAUAAUGUGGAGGCUGCAGUGGCUCUGAUGGAAGCAGCUCCAGAGCUUGUCAAUGAGAGGAUGACGUCAGAACUCUAUGAAGGGCAGACAGCUCUUCACAUUGCAGCAGUGAACCAGAAUAUCACUUUGGUGAAGGCUUUGCUCAAGAGAGGGGCCAAUACCUGCACAGCACAGGCCACUGGGCACUUCUUCAGGCGCAGCUCCCAGAACCUUCUCUAUUUUGGAGAACAUGUUUUGUCAUUUGCUGCCUGUGUGGGAAAUGAGGAGAUUGUACAGUUGCUCAUUGAAAAUGGAGCUGACAUUAGAGCUCAGGAUUACCUGGGUAACACUGUUCUUCACAUCUUAGUUCUCCAGCCUAAUAAGACAUUUGCCUGCCACAUGUACAGCCUGAUACUUUCCUAUGACCAGAGCAAAGAGGGACCAAGAUCACUGGAAUUGAUUCCUAACAAUGAGGGGCUUACUCCAUUCAAACUGGCUGGAGUUGAGGGCAACACUGUGAUGUUUCAAUACCUCAUGCAGAGGCGGAAGCAUAAUCUCUGGUCCUUUGGCCCCUUGACCACUGUGCUCUACGAUCUCACAGAGAUUGACUCCUGGGCUGAAGAUCAGUCCUUCCUUGAGCUCAUUGUCUCAACCAAGAAGAGAGAGGCACGCCAGAUCUUAGAUUUAACACCUGUGAAGGAGCUGGUGAGCCUGAAGUGGAAUAUGUAUGGACGGCCCUAUUUCUGCUUCCUGGCUUUAUUCUAUGUACUCUACAUGGUCUGCUUCACUAUGUGCUGUGUCUACCGGCCACUGAAACCUCGAACAGGCAACAAAACAAGCAGCAGAGACAAUACAGUCUAUGUCCAGAAAAUGCUGCAGGAAUCUUACGUAACAUACGAGGAUGAGUUGAGGCUGGUGGGGGAGCUGAUCACAGUUAUUGGAGCUGUAGUAAUUUUGAUCCUUGAGAUCCCAGAUAUCCUUAGAGUUGGAGCAGCAAAAUACUUUGGACAGACCAUCCUAGGAGGACCUUUCCACAUAAUUGUUAUCACAUAUGCUUGCAUGAUUCUGGUAACCAUGGUGAUGCGUCUUACCAGCACUACUGGUGAGGUGGUGCCCAUGUCCUUUGCCCUGGUACUAGGAUGGUGCAAUGUCAUGUACUUUGCACGAGGCUUCCAGAUGCUUGGGCCCUUCACCAUCAUGAUCCAGAAGAUGAUAUUUGGAGAUCUUAUGCGCUUUUGCUGGCUCAUGGCUGUGGUGAUACUAGGCUUUGCAUCAGCUUUUUACAUCAUCUUCCAGACAGAGAACCCUGAAAACCUUGGACAGUUCUACAACUAUCCCAUGUCCUUGUUCACCACCUUUGAGCUGUUUCUCACUAUCAUUGAUGGCCCUGCAAACUAUGAUGUGGACCUGCCUUUUAUGUACAGUGUAGUAUACUUUGCCUUUGCCAUCAUCGCCACCCUCCUUAUGCUCAAUUUGCUAAUUGCCAUGAUGGGUGACACCCACUGGAGAGUGGCCCAUGAACGGGAUGAACUCUGGAGAGCCCAGAUUGUUGCUACUACUGUUAUGCUGGAACGAAAACUGCCACGGUGUCUCUGGCCUCGCACUGGGAUCUGUGGGCGAGAGUACGGGCUAGGGGACCGAUGGUAUCUCAGAAUAGAAGACAGGAUUGAUCCCAACAAACACAAGAUGAUGCGAUACACAGAAGCAUUUAAGGCUCAUGAUAGGGAUAACUGUGACAAGAGUCUGGAAAAGCUGGAAGUUGAUAGGAACAUCCUGUACAAGAAGGACCUGUCCAUUCCAUCACUGUCACGAGGCAUGUCUAGGACUAAUUCUCAGAGUGGCUGGGAGAUCCUGAGGCGCAAUACUUUCCACCAACUUCAUGGAGAGAUCAAUCAUGCCAUGGAAGAAGAAGUCUAUGAUGUCUAACCUUCUUUAUCCUUCCACAACAUGGAUUGCAUUUGCCACAGCAGUUGUCUCCUCCAACUGUUCAUGCACAGUCCGGCAUGCUACAGAUUCAACAGCCUUGAAGAGCUCUGCGAGUGCCUCACAAAUUAUUCGUGGCAUUUAUGCUAUGAUGUAUAGAUUCAGCCUUUCUCUCCUACCUUUUAGGUGUCCCUGCUGUUGCAUUAAUAUUUAUGUCAAGUUAGUUGGCUUUGAGCUAAGGCCUGUGGUAGUUUGUAAUGCUUGUAAAACCCCACAGAAGUGAGCAAUAGAAGCCAGCACUGGAAUUUCAACAAUUUACUAAGAGGCAGUCAGUAAGACCUCUCCCAGAGUGUAACAUAUAUGCAGGUCACUUCAAAAAUCAUGCAUCCUGUUUAUUUCCAUGGAAAAUAUAACACAUACAAAGACCAUAAUACCAUUGUUUGAUAGAGCAAAUUCUCAGCUACAAAACCCUGUUUUUCAAAAUAGCCACUACCACUUUGCAUUUCUGCCAGUGAUGAACAAGAGCCUGCACGUCAUGCUCGUAAAAAUCUGCACCAGUGGAGGUGACCAGCUGUCACUGUCACCACUGCUGAAAUGCAUGAUUUGUCACCUCACUGUGCUCACGUCCUCUGUUUGGUUUCCAUAAUUGUUCAGCAAACAUAGAUGACUGUCAGUGCAUGCAAUUGUUUCCACAGGGAGGAAUUCAUUUCCACACCUUUGCUUCAUAUACACUUCUGUGUCAGACAUUUUGUUAGACUGCCCCUCUGCCACCAUCUGUCACGUAGCAACAAAAUGUAAUGGGUUGUUGGUGGGAAGGUUCAACCUUUUCUGCCAUACCACCACCAUCUGCCUCUGACAUAGUGAGACAACAUAAUAAAAUAGGAGGCAUUACUUUUGGAGCAGCUUCUGUAUAAUCUCUCCCUGCAGUCUCACAGUAUCCCAGUGCUCUCAUCACAAAUACUGAAUUGACUGAAGUACUGUUUUAUGGUUUAACACAGAACAGAAAAUAAAGUCUAGCCAAACCUUAUAACUAAGCUCAGGAAUGAAGGUAGUUGCUGACACUGUUGAUCUAAAGGCCUUUAACCUUUCAAUUGGCAUUCAAGGCCUAGCAUAUUUUGUCCUCUGAAGAAUGAAAAAUUCUAUUAGCUGCAUUUUCAACAUUUCUGUUUUAUCAGGACUGUUCUGUUUGUUUGUUUGUUUUUAAUUUUAUUUAUUUAUUUUUUGUCACAUGAAUGCACUUUAAGCUGUAUUGCUUUUUAAAAGUAAUUUCUAUUCCUGGGAGGAUCUGAAGGAUCUGAAAUGGGAACUUUUUUCCUAAUGUGAGGAUAUAAUAAGAUGAUCUUUGAAGGUGUCUACCAACUGAACUCUUCCUCUUCCUCUCCUCUUUUCUUUCCUUCCCUUUUCCACCCUAUCCUAUCCUAUCCUAUCCUGUCCUGUCCUAUCCUGUCUCGUCCUGUCCUGUCCUGUCCUGUCCUAAUCGGGUUAGAUGCCUUUUAGUGGUGUGGAAUUUAUUAAGCACCCAAGUGAGCUGAAGCUGGUCUCUUGCUUUCUGUGGAAGAGUAGGGUUCUGGACUGUAGUACUUAGUUUUACUACUGAACCAUCAAGGUUAGUAGCAGUACUGCACUGCUACAAUGUAGUGGUGAAUGAAAUGGAGAGGAAAUGUUGAAAAAAAAUUAAUAAGAACUAUUGAAAAGGCAGUUCAGAAACUGUGGUGCCUCUUUCUUCCUCAGAAAGUCCCAAACUAUCAUUACUAAGUCAAAAUGUGGUUAAGUCAUCCACACAAACGUUUCAGUCUGUCAGUUUGUCAUCUGCCUAGGGUGACUUUAAGAUAAAUUGAGAAAUACCCAGAGGAAUAUUCCAGGGGUUUUAGUUUUUUUUAGGAGCGUGGAGUUUCAUUCCAGUAGCAGAAGUGUGUGAAAAGGAGCGCAUGGUCUCAACAUUUCCUUUCCAACAGGACCAGUGACAGAAAUUUUGUUUUUGAAGAAACCAAGGAUUAUAAUCUGGUGCUAGGGUUUGACCCAAACCAUCCUGUGAUAAGUAAAGCAGACAGUGAAAAAGCUGGAUACAGUGGUUUUCUGACUAUAUUGAAAUAUCACUGCAAACAUCUUCCACGUUUUCUCUUGCAGGUGCAGUAUUGAGCAUCACAAUAUUUGCAACAAUAAGUAUUUAUUUAAAUGUCUUUCUUCUAUUACUUGGAUGUGUGGUUAUGCUCCAGUAGAAGAAUGACAGAAGACUGUCUCUCUGUAAUUCAACUGUAUACUUCUGAGUUGUUACGUUUGGUUGAAUUGAAAGUUUUGAUCAUCUAAGUAUUGUCACCUCUUCCCUAAAUAUUUGGGGUUUGCACUGGUGGUCUAAGGAGAUGGGAACAAUAUGGCACAUAAACUACAAAUGCGAGUUGCCACUGUGAUUUUAAAUGCAUUUUCUUUCACACUGAGUGGGAAAUAACAGGAAGAGGAGAACUGAUGGCUUCCCUUCUACCCCUGCAGUCUUGUCAUUAGCUUGAAAACCUGUAGAAAUUCAAUUAAGAAAUUCAGUUAACAAAUUCAAUUUAGAUUUCUGCACGUUUCUUUUUGUGAUUAUUUAAUAAUAUUAAUAAAUCAAAAAGUCUUGUUAGAUGUGUAAGCUGUGUAAGCCCCAUCUCUGAGAUUGAGUUUGUGUUCUUCUACAUCACUGUAAACAAUAAUGAAAAUUUUUGACCUCAUAACUCAAAACAACAUACUGACAUUGCAGGAGGCAGGAAAGAACUCAGUUAACAGUGAUAAGCCUUUACAGAUUUCUGUAUCAGCCCUCCAUAAAGAGAAAAAAAUAAAUCAACAGGAAGUCAGUAGAAGGUAUUUUAAUGUAAUGUCUUUUUAAAAAAUACAUUCUGUAAGAGUUGACCUACAGAAUCUUUGCACAGAACCCAUGCAUAAAAACAUCUGCAUAAUUUAUUUGCUGUACUUGAAGUUGACUUAUGUAAAUAAAAGCAGAGAAAAUGUGCUAAUUUUUAUUAUGUUUUAUAAAUCAAUGUAGACCAAGUCUACUUACUCUAGUCUAGAGCUGAAUAGCAGCUAUUGGAAUUUGGCUUCCUUGAAUAUGAAAUAAAGAAAUAAAUAAAUAAUGGAAAAAAUACAAAAGGGAGCAGAAUCUUUUACUAUAAGUAAAUGAUUGAUCAGACAAUUUUGCCUAGUAUUUUUUUUUUUUCAUGAGGAGUUAUGCAGACCAUUUUAAACAUUUUUUUUUUUUUUGUCUGGGGUUAUAGAAAAAAAUUCAAAUGGUAAAGGUCAGCAGAAAUAACAGGUCCAGCAAAAGAUAAAUAUAUUAAAUUUGUUUUGUAAAUUAAGGCAUAUACACAUUUGCCAUGCCCACGUGAACCUCAGGAGGACUGGACAAACAUUUCAACUGGCUUAAUGCAAUCUGACUCAGAUUGGAAAACAGCAAUAUUUGUGAUAACACAAAAGGUAAAGCACUUCUGCUGUAAUAUUCUGCAUGAAUACACUGCUCCAGGAUUUGCUUCAGUGUUUUGUAUUCCAUGAUGUAGAUAUAUCCUAAAAUUUGAAAGCAGUAUUACUCCUUCUUGCUGUUGCAAUGUGUCUUUCCUCUCCCUUCUAACAAUAUUGCAAUAAUUUCAAAACAAAUAGUCCUGCCCUCCUUGAAUCUGCUAACCUCAAAAUAUCUUCUAAGCCAUUGAAGUGACUUCUGAGUUUAUCAUAAUGCUUCAAGAAAAAAUGUUUUUAUCCAGCAACAUGUAGUAAAAUGUGAAGUAUUUAGCUGAAAAUAAAGAUCUUAUAUAUAUGGA